CCAAAGCGAUGGGCUAAGAAGAAAAAGAAGAGACAGGAGCAGGUGAAAAGACGCAAAGAAAAGAAAAAAGAGACAUUUCAUCAAACAGCUGUAAGCGGCCAUUUCAUCAAACAGAAAUUAAGCCCAGUGUGGCAGCACCAAUCUUGGGCCAAUCAUGCACAAAAGUCCAGCCCAACCACACAGAGAGAGGAGGAGGAAAUGCCCCGUUGGUCUUAUCAAGACAUGAAGGAGAGCUCUCGUGUCCUGGCACUGCAAUGCCACCCGAUCCUUUCCGGAUACUGAAGCCGCACCAGAUCUGGGAAAAGGGCAACAAGCUAUUCUACCCACUAGUUGUGGAGUCCAACAGAAACACUCAGUAUAUCUAUCCUUUCUUGUGUCUAUCUGCAGGAUAUUGCCAUGGAUCCAAAGCAGCACUCGAUGAUGGUGGCCCUGGAAACUAGAUAUUAUCCAUCCACUGACCAAGAAGACAAAGUGCAACCCUGCCACGCCCAUAACAAGUGGGCAAGACCUUCCUUGUGCUGGUGUUUCCUCAAAGCCAUCGAUCACAUCGGCAACUAAAAGCAAGAAGGCUAAAAUGGAGGGAUGGAGAUAAGAAGCGCAGUGUCUCCAUGUUUACAAAGUGUGAUGUGCUCCGUUCACGAGGGACCUGUUUGAGGCCGUACCAUUUUAGGCUACCAAGUCAACAUCGCAUCGACAGCCUUCGCGAUGACAAACGCGUUGUGUGCAUGCAUCACCUACAUAAAGGAGAGUGAUAGAAAUGGGUCAGGUCCACCAUAUCUUACCUUCACUCGGCUCCUUGAAUUCUGAUAUCUAAUGGUGGAAAAGCUCCUGUGGAUCUUAUUUACGGUAAGCUCGAGUUCAUCUCAAGAGAUGGUGUUGAUAGUGAUGCCGAAGAACACCAUGAAUGCUUAAGCUUAGAUUGGGAUAUCUUAUAAAUAGCACCCCGAAGGAAUUGGACAAGCAUAAAGGACGAGAAUGGUGAUGGUGAAAGAAGAGUUGCGAAGGGGACCGUGGACGGAGCAGGAGGACCUGCAACUGGCUUGCUUUGUGGCCUUGCUCGGCGAACGACGUUGGGAUUUCAUAGCCCAAGCCUCAGGUCUGAAUAGAACAGGAAAGAGCUGCAGGAUGAGAUGGGUUAAUUACCUCCACCCCAGUCUCAAGCGCGGCCGCAUGACCACCCAAGAAGAGCACCUCGUUCUCGAGCUCCAUUCUCGCUGGGGCAAUAGGUGGUCUCGGAUCGCACGGAAGCUCCCCGGCCGCACUGAUAACGAGAUCAAGAACUACUGGAGGACUCAUAUGAGAAAAAGAGCACAGGAAGAGAAGAGAAACUGCUCACCUUCGGCGACGUCUUCCGCACCGCCUGCUGAUGAUCUCCCCACCCGAUCAGAGGUCGCUGCGGAGAGUCAACUUAAUGGAAACGGUGACGGUGGUAAUGCUGACUCCGUGGAUGAGGUGUGGGAUGAGAUUGCACUAAGCUCUGGGGAUCGCAGGGAUGAAGCCGGCGGUUAUGCAUGCACCCCUUUGACUUCCGCCACUCCUGUGUGGGAAUGCUGCUCUGGUUCGCUGUGGAAGACGGAAGACGAAGAGCUCGAUGGCGUGUCAUUUGGUUUCUGAGUACCAGAAGAACAACGGGGAGCCUUGUUCUCGAAGCCUGUUCAUGCAUGACGUUCGAAGAUAGUUGUGGAUCCAUUGAAGGAGGAUGGUAUGAACAAUGUAGGUGGGGGGCUCGAUGUCAUAAGUGGUGCGUGUAAAAGGAUGUGCCACGGGCUUGCUUCUUUUCUCUUAGGUACACCAAGUGAGGGUAUAUCUAUCGGGAGACACAACAGAUAUCCAUAAACGAAGCGUUCGAUCCUCUUGCUUCUGGAUGAUGGAU